UUCUUCUUCUGAUUUCACGAAUCGGAAGCUCUUCUCUGCUGAGCCCUAACUAUGAAAUUGAAAGUAGAGAGAUAGGGUAGCCAAUGGAAAAAAAAAUAUAUGCUGCAGCCAAUCCUCCUGCGGCGUUUUGUGUCUUUACCCAACAGGAAAAUGUGUUUCAUAUGGAGGGGCGGCACCCAGUUGCCAAUGGGCGGGCGCUGGUAAAACACAGGAGCCAAUGAGUGCGAAACAUUGAGUGACAGCUGUCCAAUAGAGACCCUCAGUGCUAGUACGGCUUGCAGCUUAAGCGCCGCCGCGGUCUGAGGAAUGUCAACUAUUCAACAUGGAGGCGGAGGUCGAUAAGCUCGAACUGAUGAUUUUGGACUUUCGGUCUCCAUGUUUUGACUGUUAUGAAUGAAAUGGCCAUGAGCAUUGAAGUAUACAAGUUUUGGGGCAUGUAUUCAUUUCUUUUGUAUAAAUACUGAGGAAUGGGAUUGCUGUUCCAGAAAGCUGACUCUGAUCUGGAUUACAUUCAGUAUAGGCUGGAAUAUGAAAUCAAGAGAAAUCAUCCUGAUUCAGCAGGCCAGAAGGUGCUUUUCGUCCUAUCUGGGUGCCUGAACGUGCAAUCAGACAUGGAAGAGAUAGAACCGAGAUUCAAGCGACUGAAGAUCGACCCGGAGAAGCCCCCAUUCAAAAGGAAGAGAUAUCGGAAAAAGACGAAGAGAAACCAGAUUGACUCAGCUAAAAAGCUGAUUUCAUGGGAAGACUUGAAGAAGCUAACAACACAGGCUUCCCGAAUAAUUCGACUUCUAGGAAAAAACAGGACCCCAGUCUUGAUGGUAGCGACAGUAAUUGCCCUGCUGGGCUGUCAGGUAAAGGGGAACCAGACAGACAUUUACUGGACAUAUUUCCCAGAUCCACCCCUGGUACACCCAGCUGUGUGGACUGGAGAAUCUAUUCCAGUGUUUAUUAAUGACUCAUUCAUGAUGGGAGGAUUUACAGAUACUCAUAUUACUCCCAAUCAUGUGACUAGAUUUAAUUUUUCUGGCUACAGUGCCCCAUUAUCUUUGUGUUGGUCCCACGAUAAACAUGCUGGCUGUCUGAAAUUAUCAUUUUAGGAAAAGAUAGCGAUUGGUAGACCUAGACUGACCAAUUAUUCUAUUUAUGGAGACUUAAAACCUUAUACUAGAUCAGUAAUUAAGAUGGGACUUUCCCAUAACAAACCAGUCAUUUCUGCAAGACCUCCACGGAUACACCACUGUCCAGGUAGUUCUACAAUUGAGAUUGGCACCUUUCCGAGAUGGAUGGAUUGUAUAAAUACUUUUCCUGAAUAACAUAAGGUGUCCAAAGAUAGUGGGUAUAGUUUAGACUGGUCUCCAAAAAUUGAUAAGAGACAAUUACGAAAAAAUUCUGCUAUGAUACCUGCAGGAUUUGUUAGUAAUAUUUUGACUUACAGUGAGGGUGGUAUUCAAAAAGAUGUUUGGCGCUUAAUUGCUGCCUGAGAAUUCUUAUAUUUUACAGACAAGCCUUUACCAAAAUUUGUUGGCAAGAACUGUAAGGAGGGAUCUUGCUAUGGUUUACGAGCCUGCGUCCAAGCUCCUUAUGUUUUAAUUAUUCGAAAUGUAAAAGUUAAAUGGAUAGAUGACAGAUAUGUUGUUACAUGUAACAAAUGUAACCUAACCAAUUGUAUUACUAGGUAUAAUGGAGGAAAAGGAGUGCUGAUACUUCAUCAGCCCAUUUUUGUUUUAUUACCUGCUAAUAUUUCAGAGCCAUGGUAUGCUGAU